AAAAGGAUAUGGUUAAAAACAGUUAUCAGCAGCCAGUUUGUAAGUAACUGCUCUGCUUUUCAAUCAGUAGUUUUUGAGGGAGCUUUCACAGCAGCACUGAAAUACUUGAGACGAGGAACACUCUUGACCAUGAAAUAUGUUCUACUUACCGUACAUGCCUCAGCCUUUAAAAGUUCUUUGGAUUACAAGCAGGACGGCAUUCUCCCCGGAGCCGCGCACGGGGCCAGCUGUAAACAAGCUGCACGUCUCCCGGGGAGGCUGAUUACAUUUUCAAAGAUCUAUUGUGCCAAGUGGCAGAAACAUGGCCAACUCGGUGACCGACCCUUUACUCCCACGGUGAUCUCCUGGAGACCACUUCGACCCCGAAGCGGACAAGUCCGUCCAAGUCAGGAAAGCAUGCAUCAUGUCAGUCGGAGUCAACGGCAGCCUUUAAACGCUCUUCAACAUGUGGAUGCUGUGGAGCAAUGAGCUGCCCAGACAAGCCCCGACAACUCAGAAACUGGUUCAUCUGCUCGCUGUGCAUCCCACGGCUGUGUCAAUUCUGGAGCAGCCGGCGCCCCAGGACCCGGAGGAAUCUCCUGCUGGGCACUGCCUGCGCCAUCUACCUGGGUUUCUUGGUCAGCCAGGUGGGGCGUGCCUCUCCCCGGCACAGAGGGACACCAGCGAAGGGGCAACACUGGAGCCCCGACGCCGUCCAGGCACCUUUCCUAGAGGUACCUCUGGAUGGUCCCUUGACCUCUCCUGAAUCCCUGCGCAAUGGCACCCCCCUGCAGCCCAACGUGGUGUACAUUACCCUCCGCGCAAAGCGCAGCAAGCCCUCCAAUAUCCGAGGCACAGUGAAGCCGAAGCUGAGGAAGAAAUCUGCCAUCGCACCUCCCGCCCCUGGGCAGGACCUUUUAUUGCGCCCAUCCCUCCAGCCUCAGGAAGCUGCCCUGACACCAGGCGCGAAAGAGCCUGGGUACCCCCAGGGAAGAAGCCUGGCCAAAUUUGGGGUGCAGCCCUGGAGGUUGGAUCUGGAUGCUGGAGCGCUAGCAGCGCGCGCGGAGUUUCGGGCGCCCUGGACCAGGGAGGGCAGCAUCAGGAUCUACAGCGAGCGUGCCCCCGCGUGGCUGAGCAAAGACGACAUCCGUGCGAUGCGCCUGCUGGCCAGCAGCCCCGUGGCAGGCCUCCAGCCUGCAUCCCCAGGGCGCGGGGCGCAUCUGCUGCUGCUGCUGGGGAGGAGCACAUCGGGCUCGGGGCCCCACUGCGGCUCCAGUGCCUGUGGUCUGCUCAAGCCGCCCUUGGACAUGAGUGAGGUGUUCGCCUUCCACCUGGAUAGGAUCCUAGGUCUCAACAGGACCCUGCCAUCAGUGGGCAGGAAACGAGGGGUCACCCAAGAUGGCCGCCCAUGUCCCGUCGUUCUCUGGGACUCAUCUUUAUCUACAACCAAUAAUGAGACUCAUUCCUCGGUGAAGCUCACCUGGGGCAUGUACCAGCAAUCGCUGAAACAGAAGUGUUGGCAGAAUGGCCGGGUACCCAAACCUGAAUGGGGUUGUACUGAAAUACAUCACCAUGAAUGGUCCAAGAUGGCACUCUUCGAUUUUUUGUUACAGAUUUACAAUCGCUUAGAUACAAAUUGCUGUGGAUUCAGACCACGCAAAGAAGAUGCCUGUGUACAGAACGGACUGAGGUCAAAAUGCAAAGACCAAGACUCUGUGGCUCUAGCACACAUCGUCCAGAGGAAGCAUGACCCAAGGCACUUGGUCUUUGUGGACAAUAAGGGCUUCUUUGACCGAAGUGAAGAUAACUUAAACUUCAAAUUAUUAGAAGGCAUCAAAGAGUUUCCUGAAUCUGCAGUUUCUGUGUUGAAGAGCCAGCACUUACGGCAGAAACUACUUCAAUCUCUGUUUCUUGAUCAGGUUUACUGGGAGAGCCAAGGAGGUAGACAAGGAAUGGAAAAACUUAUCGAUGUAAUAGAACAGAGAGCCAAAAUUCUUCUCACCUACAUCAAUGCGCAUGGAGCUAAAGUAUUAUCUAUGAAUGAAUGACACGUGGCUGCAGUGCUAGAAACACACCAACCUCAAAUCCUUUUUGGAAUUGAGGUCGUGUGGAUGAAUACAUAAAAAUAAAUGAAUUUGAUGAAGUUUAUACAAUAAACUUGAGCCCUGUAAACAUAUUUAAAAGGAAUUUUAAAAACAUACUGCUCAAAAAUCUUCAUAUUUUUCUCUAACGUUAAACCCUGUGAAUCUCAAUAUCUGAUUACAGAACGGUUUCAAGUCUUGUUCUACUUAGCUUU